AUGGGGUCUGGCACCAGACUGGCGAUCAACGGCUGGAUCGGGGACAAGGUGGAAAUGCAGAGGGGGGUCAGGCAGGGGUGCCCACUGGCGCCGUACCUGUUUCUGUGCGCUCUGGAGCCGCUCUGUGCAGAGAUCAGGAAGAGAGACUUGGGCGUCAAGGCUGAAGGGGGGGAAUCGGUGGCGUACGUAGGCUACGCCGACGACACGUCGCUCAUACUCCAGGGGGCGGACCAGCUUCGGUCGGCGGCGGAGGCACUGGACGUCUUCGGGAACCUGUCGGGGCUACGGAUGAAUGGGGAGAAGUCAAUUGUUAUGCCGUUGGGAAGGAACAAAGGAAGAACAUCCCUACCGAGGGUGUCUUUCAAGUGGGCGGAAGGCGACAAACCGGAACGACUGCUGGGAAUUUGGGUCACGCCGGACGGUGAUGCCGCGCCGUCCUGGGAAAAGGCAUGGGAGCGCGGGAAGAGUGAGCUGGUGAAAUGGGAGAGCCAACACCUGCUGACGGCGGCGCGGGUCAUGGUGAUUAACAACUAUGUAAUGCCGAUUUUCCUCUUCCAGGCGCAGAUCUACCCGCCGCCAGAGGAGCUGUGGGCGAAGAUACAAAAGACCUGUGACAACUAUGUGUCAAAAGGGGAGGCAACAGCAGACAAUAUUUUUGUCCUAUGGAGUGGUGAGCUGGCAAGACUUCCAAAAAAGGAGGGGGGCCUGGGGCUGGUGGACCCGAAGGAUAGACUGGACAGUUUGGCGAUUCGAAUGGUGGGCAAGCUACUUACGGAGAAAAAGUGUUACCAAGAGUUGGCUGGCGGAGAGGGCAGCGGCGAUGCCACAGGGGACGGCGACGCUCUUCACACAUAA